GAUGCGCAUGUGACGACACUUUUUGGUCAUUAUCUUACAUCACACAAUCUUCCACGGGGACGCAAAGGAAGAACAGGUCCGUCCUCGGCUGGAAGUGCGUGGAUCGUGGCGUGUGUAGAUCCUCCCACCAACACCAGCGUAUUUAUAAGGGCAAAACGCGCCGCCGUUUGUCGUGAUAACAGCACACGGCGGGCGAGAGACACCAUCCACAGCACGUGCCAGCUCUGGCCCAGGCUUCAGCUAUGCCUCUUCUGGAAGAGACCACUCUCCCACAAGGGCACCCACCUAUUGUUCCUGUCAUCAUAAUAGGAAAUGGACCAUCGGGUAUUUGUCUGUCAUACCUGCUAAGUGGUAACAAGCCCUACCUUGACCCAACAACAGUCCACCCAAACCCAAUUCUAUACAGAAAACUGCAGGAUACCAAACACCUAGCCAUCACUGAACAGGAUCUUGAAUAUUUGAGUGAAGGUCUUGAGGGCCGAUCGAGUAACCCCGUUGCUGUGUUGUUUGACGCACUGUUGCACCCAAACGCUGACUUUGGCUAUGAGUACCCUCCUGUGCUUCAGUGGAGGAGGGAAAAGCAGCAACACAUCCCACAUCUCGUCUUGGGGAGAGCAACGCCUGGAGGAGCCUGGCAUGCAAUGGAAGGCUCCAUGCUGACAAUAAGUCUCGGGAUAUGGAUGGAGCUUCCUGGAGUCAACUACAGAGACUUACUCAGCGGAAAACAAAGGGAUAUCACCAGUGACAGGGCUACCCCUGAGGAGAUAUCAUCAUACUACAGCAACUAUGUGAAGCUAAAAGGUCUGCAAAAGAAUUUUGUUGACAACACCUACGUGACCUCAGUUCAAAGACUCUGCCGAGGCCACAAGAUAGAGAAGCUUGAAAAAGUGGAAACUUGUAAUGGAGAUGAACAGUUGGAUGAUGGUAGAAAUGAGAGCUAUGAGGGAAAUGGAAUAGAAUGCAUCAGUGAUGAAGGACUAGGGUCUCUAUGGGAGGUUAGGGGAUACCAACAAGUGCAGAACAACACUCACGUACCCUUUUCUCUGUUUGCGGAGAAUGUGGUUCUUGCCACUGGAGCAUCUGACUCACCAGUAAGAUUAACUGUGGAGGGAGAGGACCUACCAUUUGUGUUCCACAGCGUCUCCGACCUGGGCUUAGCUAUAAAACUGCAGAAGUUGGAUAAAAACUCAGAUCCAAUAUUAGUAGUCGGUGCUGGGUUGAGUGCUGCAGAUGCAGUUCUGUGUGCCUGCAGCCGCAACAUCAGGGUGCUGCAUGUAUUUCGAAAGACCGUUGAUGACACUGACCUCAUCUUCAAACAGUUGCCAAAGACCUUGUACCCAGAAUACCACAAAGUCUAUAACAUGAUGUGCUCUCAGACUUACACAAACUUGGUUCCCUCAUGUUCUUCAAGCAGGGAUCAGUCAGUGAGCAUUACUUCUUCAGUUUGUGCAAAGAUGUGCCCCAAGCCACAGUUGGCCGCAGUUAACAUGGCCAGUAAUUCUAGCGUAGGUCUCUUUCCUGACUACACAAGUUUCCCAGAACACUGCGUGGUGUCCUUACAGUCAGAUAUGAAGUGCUUGCUGCAGGGGAAAAAUUCCCUGAAAGCAUUUAAAAUCUCUGUGGCCUUGGUGCUGAUUGGAACGAACCCCAAUUUGUUUUUCUUGAAGGACCAAGGUCAGUAUCUGGGCCAAGAUCCCACAAAGCCCAUAUCCUGUAAGAACCCUAUUGACAUCCACCCAUACACCUUUGAGUGUACCAAGGAACCUGGACUAUUUGCCAUGGGGCCACUGGUAGGAGACAACUUCGUUCGCUUUUUGCAGGGUGGUGCUUUAGGCAUCGCCUCCUGCCUUUUGAAGAGACUCAAGAAGAAAGGGAAGCUCAUAAACAAUGUAGGGAAUAGCUUCAUUUGAAAUGUUAGGUGUGAAAGAGGAAGACAGUUAUAAUCUUCAUUUUAUUUUUUCAUCCAUGCAAAGGCAUUUCGGAACUAAAAAGACAAUGGCUGUGCAGUGGAUCACACAUAUUCGUGGACAAUAAAAAUCCUCGAAUAGUUGAUGUCCGUCGAACUUAAAUUCACAAAAAAAUUAUUUAAUAAGGGAAUGAAUUCGCAGGCAGUGUUCCACUUUGCACUGGUUUAUCUCGAAACAAACUGCAUGGUUUUACUUUCCAGAAGUCUAAGCGACUUUGCUAAAUGUCCAUUAUUUUUGGAACCUCAACAUAUAUACUUUUUCCUUGUUGUGUCUUUGAAUCCAUUUAAUAACUUUUGUUGUCAUAUGAAGCUAUUAGGAGAGGCAAGGCACUAAAAAGUAAAACGAGAAUACUGAAGUAGACAAAUAUCGCGACCAAGCUGUGGCCCAAUCUCUCCUGUGAAAGUGUAAAUCACCAAGAAACUAACAUUGUAAUCUUCCUGAUGACUGAGCCAAUCUUUUUUUAAUUCCUUAUUUAACUUGAACAUUUGAAUUCAUACCUGAUAUUUUUUUUCUGGAGUCAGUGAGCAACUGUGAGGCUUUCUAUGCAAACUAUUUUCCGCUGAAUGUACCUCGAAGUGUCAUGUUUCUCGUAGAUUCUAACUACUCCGAGUAGUCAUUCAAUAUUUUAGUGACCUGGCACUAAGUGUUUAUUUUUUAAAUCCUUUUUGUACUGUCGAACUUUGGUCAAAACAAAAGGAAAUACUGUAUUCAUAAAUAUUACAAGAAAAAAAUUAAUUCAUGCAUAUUUACCUAAUUCAAAGGCUUAUAGCAUUCAGAUGUUCCAUUUUGUAGUAGCAGCCUCAAAUGAUUUUUGCUCAAGAAAUUUAAAAUUGCAGCUAUUUCCAACAAUAUGCCACAAAGUCUUGGUACAGCAUCAGUAGCUGAAUAGGCCCCCAAAAUUUGCUGCAUAUGUGGUAUGGACGAAGGAAUGUGUGACACCAAGAAGUAGCAGAAUUUCCUCACAUUUUAUAUUAUAUAUCUUUGUCUAAGGCAAUCUACCCACCCCAAAUAUAUCUUUGUCAGGGGCAAUCUACCCACCCCAAAAAUAAAAGCUUUUCAGGAAAAGUUAAAAGCUGCAACAAAAAGAACAAAAAGCCAUAUUUGACUUUCCAUAUGAUGCAUUGUUCAAGUUGUACCUUAUAUUGAUACCAUAUUGCAUAUAGUUAUUGCACUUCUUAAACAACAAUCUUCAGUUGCUGUUGACUGUAGUAAGAGCCUUUAACUUCAUAAAUGCAAACAUCUGUAUUAUAUCAUCUUCCAAAACUAUUUGAUCUAAUAGUUUCUAUUAUCUAUCUAUCAAUCUAUGAUUGAUACAAUUUAAACUGAGUUUAUUCAACCUGUGUAUAUAUGGCGAAAUGAAUUAACACACCUCAAGUCUGAUGCCGCUUCCUUCCUUCUGUAACCAUGCGCUGCAGUGAUUGUUUUAAACCAAACAUUUUCAAUCGUUCACUUUCAAUACAAGAUUUAAUUUGGCUGCAUUGCUUGUUAUUGCAGAAUGAGAAAAUAGUCUGGAUUAAAAACACUUCCAAAAUAAAUUGUUUAUAAUGCUGGCCAAAAGUAUUGGCACCCCUGCAAUUCUGUCAGAUAAUCCUCAAUUUCUCCCAGAAAAUGAUUGCAAUUACAAAUGCUUUGGUAGUAAUAGCUUCAUUUAUUUUGCUUGCAAUGAAAAAUCACAAAAGAGAAUGGAAACAUUUUAAAAUCAUUAUCAUUUCACACAAAACGCCGGACAAAAGUAUUGGCACCCUUUGAAAAAUCAGGUAAUGCUUCUCUAAUUUAUGUAAUUAACAGCACCUGUUACUUACCUGCGGCACCUAACAGGUGGUGGCAAUAACUAAAUCACACUUGCAACCAGUUAAAAUGGAUUAAAGUUGACUCAACCUCUGUCCUGUGUCCUUGAGUGUACUGAAUUGAGCAUGGGGAAGAGAAAAAACACCAAAGAACUGUCUGAGGACUUGAGAAGCAAAAUUGUGAGGAAGCAUGGGCAAUCUCAAGGCUACAAGUCCAUCUCCAAAGAUCUGAAUGUUCCUGUGUCUACCGUGUGCAGUGUCAUCAAUAAGUGUAACGCCCAUGAUACUGUGGCUAAUCUCCCUAGAUGUGGACGGAAAAGAAAAAUUGACGAGAGGUUUCAACAAAAGAUUUUGUGGAUGGUGGAUAAAGAACCUCAACUAACAUUCAAACAAGUUCAAGUUGUCCUGCAGUCCGAGGGUAAAACAGUGUCAACCCGUACUGUCAGUCGGCGUCUAAAUGAAAAGGGACUCUAUGGUAAG